UUGCAUUUACAGUACUAAAAGUAAAACAUAUCCACAAAAUAUAUCGAAAAACUUGGAAAAUCAAAAAAUUAAUGGAGGAUUGGCAAAAUUGGUGCCGCCUUUGUGCUAAGACUGAUGCACAAUACAUCAACGCGUUAUCUGGAGAGUGUGUCCCAACUAUGACCAGUGUUGGUGCCUACACUUCAAUGAGUAUUGCAUCAAAUAUUGCGGAGUUUUUUCAAGUACAUAUAAAAGAAGAUGAGAAGCUUUCAACAUGGAUAUGUAGAAAGUGUUGGGAAAUGGUGCAAUCUUUCGUUGAAUUUAAGGAAAAAAUUAAAAAGGUACAAAAUUUAUACAAUGAUCUACUGGAUAGCGAAGACAAAACCAAAUUAGACUUGAAAGCAUUGUUUGAAAAUUAUGGAUUGCUUGAAGAAGAGUAUCUUACAGCAGAAGAACAUUCUAAGCUGCCUGUAGAAGAGAUUUAUAUCGCAGUUUCUAAUGUAAAGAAUGAGAGUGCAUCGAAUACAUUAUGCACUGAGACACCUAUUAAAGAAUGUGAUAUUGCAAGCGAUUUUAAGGAUCCAAUUGGUGAGGAAAAAACUCAACCAGUAAGAGACAAUUUAUUUCCAGACGAAGAAAACGACACGUGUAGUGCACAGGAAGUCGAUGCUAUGGAAGUAGAUACAUCAGAAGAAGAUGAUGAUAAUGUGAAGUCUGUUAAUAAAAUUAAUAAUGAAAACAACUCAUUCGGAGAUGUUGAAAAUAUAACAAAAGUUAGUAAAUAUGUUUGUAAUAUUUGUGCACAACGCUUUCAACGUAGUGGUAACUAUGCCGCCCAUAUGAUAAAAAAGCAUGAUAAAAUCAUUUGCCCGGAUUGUCCUGGAUCAUUUGAAAAUGAAGCGAGUCUAAAGGAGCAUAUGAAAAACCAUCGCCGGCUAUUUCCGUGCAAGCAUUGUGAACGUAAAUUUCAAAGAAAAGAAUAUGUAGAGCAGCAUAUUAAAUUUGUACAUAAAGAUGAGCGACCAUUUAUUUGUGAAGCAUGCGGUGAUGCGGUGCGCACAAAAGGACAACUGAAAGAGCAUAUGUUGACGCAUACAGAUUACUCACCGUUCGAAUGUAAAGAAUGUGGGAAAUGCUUUAAGCAGAAACAACGUUUAAAGCGACACAUGCAAAUACAUGGUGAGAAACACAUCUGCAAUGAAUGUGGGAAACAACUAAGCUGUCGUGCAACGUACAACAGUCAUAUGUUAGUACAUUCCGAUAAAAUGCAUCACAAGUGUGACUAUUGUGGACGUGAAUUUAAGCGUGCGAAAACGUUAAAAAGUCAUUUAAUACUGCAUAGUGGUUUGAAACCAUAUUCCUGUGAAUUUUGUGAUAGAAUAUUUACGAAUGGUUCGAAUUGUCGCACGCAUAUGAAACGUACACAUCCGAAAGAAUUGGCUGAAUUGGAAGCUUCAGGGGAGAAAACCUACACCAAAAAUAUACCAGAAUUAGCUGUGCUGAAAUCUGUCAUAAGGGGCGCCAAGAAUCUUGUGCCUGUGGUCUCAAAAGAAAGUGGCAAUUUCGCUUUCGGCAAAAAGACGAAAACCAAACUGGAAGGUCAUGUUGACGCGAAACAAACAGAAUUGAAAUUAUAAGAGACAAUGUAAAUAAAAUUUAAAUUAAGGCAUUGAUUAUUAUUUUUAAAAUAUAACUAGUGCAACAAGAAAGAGGAAGUAUCGAUGCAAAAAUUAAAUUGAGAAGG